AGUCCAAUUGAUCGAAACGGCUGCGAAGAGAGAGAGACAUUCAGAUAGCAAAUCGAAUCUUGCGAGACGAAGAGAGAGAAGUGAUCUGGGGUUUUCUCUCGUUGACCCGAUCGGCUUGGAGGGAUAAGCUUAGAUGGCGGAUUCGUGUUUAAGAGGUGGUAAAUUCAGUGCACCAGGGUUUCGAUUUCAUCCGACUGAUGAGGAGCUGGUCAUGUAUUAUCUCAAGAGGAAGAUCUGUAAGAGAAAGCUCAGAGUCAACGCCAUCGGCGUCGUUGACGUUUACAAGUUGGAUCCCGAAGAAUUGCCUGGCCAAUCGGUGUUGAAGACGGGAGAUCGACAGUGGUUCUACUUCACUCCAAGGAGCAGGAAGUAUCCAAACGCAGCUAGGUCCGGUAGGUGCACUGCAACUGGGUAUUGGAAAGCUACUGGAAAGGAUCGAGUCAUAUCCUACAACUCUAGAUCAGUAGGACUCAAAAAGACUCUUGUUUUCUAUAGAGGCCGUGCUCCUAACGGUCAGCGAACUGAUUGGGUGAUGCAUGAGUACACCAUGGAUGAAGAUGAACUCGGGAGAUGUAAGAACGCCAAGGAAUACUAUGCACUUUAUAAGCUGUUCAAGAAAAGUGGGGCUGGUCCCAAAAACGGUGAGGAGUAUGGUGCUCCUUUCCAAGAAGAAGAAUGGGCUGAUGAUGAUGAUAAUGAUAAUGGAGAUGAUAUUGAUGUACCUGUGGUUCGUUGUGAGGAUAAUGUUAGCCUUUUCGAACCUGUAAAUGUUCGGUUACAUGAUCUCGAGGAGAUUCUCAGUGGAAUCCCAUUUGCACCUGGGGUUCCUCAAACAUUUACUAGUGUUCCCCAGGUUAACAGGGAAGAAGAGUUGCAGAGCACUUUGGUGAAUAAUUCUGCUACAGAGUUUCUUAAACCUCAGGAAACUGGAGACUUCUUGCCAAACGACAUGCCCUCGAGUUAUGAGUCUAUUGACGUCACGUCAGCUCCCAAUAACUCUGUUUUGGUGUUUGAGAAGGAGGAUUACAUUGAAAUGGAUGACUUUCUGACCCCUGAACACGUAGCUUCUUCAGUUGAGAACCCUGCACAGCUCUUGAACCCUGGUGAAUAUGGAGACUUUAAUGACUUUGACCAAUUGUUCCAUGACGUUUCCAUGUCUUUGGAUAUGGAACCUAUUCUUCAGGGAACUUCUGCAGAUCCGUUGAGUAGUUUUGCCGACAACACAUCCGACCAGGAACAUCCAUUCCCUUAUCAACAGUUCCAGGACCAGACCCCUGAGAACAAGCUAAACAAUAUCAUGGAUCCUAGUCCAAAUCUCAAUCAGUUCAGUGAUGACCUGUGGCUUGAAGAUGAUAAUCAGGCUUUCCUCUUUGAUCAACCGCAGUCUGUUAUUUCUGGAGCAUUUGCUUCACCUUCAUCAGGUGUGGGGCCCGGUUCCACAAAUCUUGUAAAUGGCGAAGACCAAGAAGGUGUAAAUGGUGGUGGUGGAACGAGCCCAUUCUCAUCGGCUCUGUGGGCAUUCAUGGAUUCAAUACCUUCAACGCCAGCCUCUGCGUGUGAGGGUCCUAUUAACCGGACCUUUGUGCGUAUGUCUAGCUUUACCCGUAUCAAGUUCAGUGGAAUAGCAAAUGGAACGCCAGUGACUACUACCGUAAUGGCAAAGAAGCGUAGCAGAAACAGAUGGUUUUUACUCUUAUCAAUUGUGGGUGCCUUGUGUGCCAUCUUCUGGGUGUUAAUGGCCACUGUUCAAGCCUCGGGAAGGCCCGUCUUCUCGUGAAAGGUGGUUUCUUAAACCAGAUUCUUAGUUACAUGUGAACUAGAAGAAACCAUGAUCCAGAUCAGUGGUCAUGGGAAUAUUGACAUAUUCUAAAUAUAUACGUCUUUGAAUAUGUACAGAGUUUGAAAGAGUAAAGAAUGUUAAUUCUUGAUUAGAAGAGUUUCAUUUCUGCUGAUUGUUAAA